GCUGGAGGCAGAGGCGCGCGGUGACCUGCAGGACGCCCAGCGCAGCUACAAGGCCGCGGUGCGCGGCGGCGGCGACGAGCUCUGUCAGCAGUCGUACUUCCAGUGCCUGGCGGAGCUGUCGAUGUGGGACGACAUCAGUGCCAGCGUCGACAAGGAGCUGACCCCCCGUGGCAGCCGCGACCCCGAUCCCGACAUGAUCUGGCUGCCGGGCAACGAGAGCUAUGUGGACCACCUGCUGCCGUGGCUGGUGCGCAGCAACACCCAGCUGGCAGCCGAGGGCGACCAGCGGGCCGGCGACCGGCUCGGCGCCUUCCUCGACCGCUGCCUGAAGGAGGAGGCCAGCCGCCGCGUGGUGGAGAGCCGCUUCUCGGAGGAGCUGGCGCUGCGUUUCGCGUCGUCCGGGGACCUGGCCCAGGCUCGAGCCUACUGCGAGACGGCCAAGGCGGCGUUCCUGCGCGACUGGAGUGCUGCCAGCGCCUCGAGCGGUCGGCCGAGGAAACGACUGCUGCAGCAACUCAUCAGAAUCAUGGAGAUGCAGGAGUACGUGUCUGCCGCCUCCGGCCCGGACCCGGCGGCGUCGGCGGCCGCGCUGCUGCGGCGCUGGCAGUCCCGCUACCCGUCGGCCCACGAGAACCUGGCCUUCUGGGAGAGCCUGAUCACCAGACGGCAGCUGUACGUGGACCGGCUGGCGGGGCACCUGACCGAGGCGGACGCGGCGCGCGCCCAGAAGCUGCAGCACUCGGCCCGACUCCGUCUGGUGGAGGCGGCGCUGGCGCAGGUCAACGUCACCGCCGCCGAGGCUCACCUGAAACGUCUGGAGCACCAGCUCCCCAGUCUCAGACAGGGGGACGCCGUGUCCGGCUCGGACCUGCACACCGAGUACCGGCUGCUGUGGCUGCACGCCGACCUACUGCAGGCCGGCGGCAGCGAGGAUCUGCUGCGCACCCCGGCCGGCCCUGCCGAGCCCCUGCUCAGUCUGCUCGACGACUCGCAGCUGGACCGCGAGUCGAGCACGGCUCAGUCGGCGGUCUCGCUGGCGCUCCACCGCCUGUCGGCGACGAUGGAAAGCAGCCGCGACACGUCGCUGGCCGCCGAGGCCUGCCUGGAGGCGGCCAGGUUCUGCGCCCGACACCUGGAGACGGCGGCGGCCGGAGACGAGUCCGCGCUGGCGGUCCGGCUGCGCGGCUCGUUCGUGGCCGGCACGCUGCGGGCGAUGGCGACCGGCUGGACGGAAGCCGCCGACUGGCUGCCCCGGCUGCUGCAGCUGGCCGACGAACACGCCGACGCCGCGCGCGCCUUCGAGCACCAGCGCACGGCCGUGCCGAGCUGGAUGUACCUGGGCUGGCUGCCGCAGCUGCUGUCGUACUGCGCCUCAGCGGGCGCCGGCGUCGCGGUGCGGCCGCUGCUGCUGGCGCUGGCCGAGCAGUACCCGCAGGCGGUGAUCUACCCGCUGAUGGUGUGCCGAGCCGACACCGAGCCCCGGCCGCCCGAGAUGGAGGCCUGCCUGCAGCGCGCUGACGCCCUACUGGGCUCGUGCCGCCUGCCGACGCUGCUGUUGGCGCGCUGCGCCCGCGAGCUCGACACCCUCUGCCGCGAGGACGGCUCCGGCAUCGGCGCGGCGGCCGCGCCCAACAUCGAAAGGGCGGUCAAGGCGAUGCUCGACUCGCCCGUGGAGACGCGCCUGAGCCAGUACAGCAGCUGGCUGGCCACCUUCCAGGACGUGGAGCAGCUGGAGCGGCUGGAGCUGCCCGGCCAGUACAGCGGCCGCCGCCGGCCCACGCCUGAACGCCACGUCCACGUGGCCAACUUCGGCCAGCAGGUGCGCGUGCUCGCCUCCCUUAAGCGGCCCGUGCUGCUGACGGCGCGAGGUGACGACGCCCGCGAGUAUCGCUACCUGGUGAAGAGCGGCGACGACCUGCGCACCGACCAGCGCCUGCAGCAGCUGUUCGACAUCAUGAACGGCUCGCUGGCAGCCGACCCACGCACCGCCGCCCGCCACCUGACCAUACGCACCUACAAGGUGCUGCCGAUGAAGCCCACCCUGGGCGUGAUCGAGUGGAUCGACAACACGGAGACGCUGCACCAGUUCCUGGCCUCGGCCUCUCCAGGGUUCGAGCGGCGCUGCGAGGAAGCGCGCCGGCUGCACGUGGCCCAGAUGCAGCAGCACGCCACGUCCGACAAGCCGCCGGCGCUGCACGGCGCGUACGCGUGUCACGCGCCCCGGCAGACGGUGGAGCGCGACCUGCGGGCGCGGGAGAAGGUCGUCGGCGGCGGAGACGCCGGCUCCGGCCGCGCCCUGCUCCGGGAAGCGCUGUUCAACCUGAGCCGCGACCCGGAGGCCUUUCUUCGCUUGCGGACGAACCUGGCUGUCUCGCACGCGCUGCUCUCGGCUGCCGGCUGGCUGCUCGGCGUCGGCGACCGCCACCUCUCAAACUUCCUCGUCUCGCUGGACGACGGGACGCUCAUCGGCAUUGACUUCGGCCUGGCGUUCGGGUCGGCCACGCAGCUGCCGGUGCCGGAGCUGGUGCCGUUCCGACUGACGCCGCAGCUGGCCGGCGUCACCUCGCCGUUAGGACCGGCUGGGCUGACGCGGCAGACACUGCUGCACGCGCUGCAGGCGCUCCGCUCCUCGCACCAGCUGCUGGCCGCCACGCUGGAGGUUUUUGUGCGCGAGCCGACCGUCAACUGGGCGGAGCACGUCCGGAAGGGCGCCGCCGCCGCCCGCCGGGACUGCCAGUCGGUGAAGGAGUACGCCAGGCGAUGCGUGCGCUUGGCGCGCCGCUGUCUGGAGGGCGGCCACCCCUCGGCCAUGGUGUGUGAGCUGCUGGCGGGCAGCUCGCUGCCGGCGCAGCAGGGCCAAGCCUGGGCGGCUGUCGCCCGCGGUCGGCCCGGUCUGGACCCGCGCGCGGAUCUGCCCGACGACGGUCUCACCGUGCAGCAGCAGGUGACAUGUCUGAUGGACCUGGCCACCGACCCGUACGUGCUGGGCCUGGCUUACUUCGGCUGGGAGGCGCACGUCUAGUCGCAGGGGGUCGGGGUCGGCCGACGCUCGCCUGAGCACGGCUGUCGCCGCGGGAAGAGUCGUCCUCGGCCGACACCGAUCCACGGACAGCCGUCCUGGGCUGACACCGAUCCACGGAGAGCCGUCCUGGGCUGACACCGAUCAACGGACAGCCGUCCUGGGCUGACACCGAUCCACGGACAGCCGUCCUGGGCUGACACCGAUCCACGGAGAGCCGUCCUGGGCUGACACCGAUCAACGGACAGCCGCCCUGGGCUGACACCGAUCAACGGACAGCCGUCCUGGGCUGACACCGAUCCACGGAGAGUCGUCCUCGGCGGACACCGAUCCACGGAGAGUCGUCCUCGGCGGACACCGAUCCACGGAGAGUCGUCCUCGGCGGACACCGAUUCACGGAGAGUCGUCCUCGCUGACACCGAUCCACGGAGAGCCGCCCACAACUUACACCGAUCCACGGAGAAUCGUCCUCGGCUUACACUGAUUCACCUAGAGUCGUCAUCGGCUUACAUCGGUCCACAAGGAAUCGUCCUCGACUGACCCCGAUUCACGUAGAGUCGUCCACAACUUACACCGAUCCACGGAGAAUCGUCCUCGGCUUACACUGAUUCACCUAGAGUCGUCGUCGGCUUACAUCGGUCCACAAGGAAUCGUCGUCGACUGACACCGAUCCACGGAAAGCCGCCCACAACUUGCACCGAUCCACGGAGAAUCGUCCUCGGCUUACACUGAUUCACGGAGAGUCGUCAUCGGCUUACAUCGGUCCACAAGGAAUCGUCCUCGACUGACACCAAUUCACGGAGAGUCGUCCACAGCUCACACCGAUCCACGGAGAAUCGCCCCCGGCUGACGCCGAUUCACGGAGAGUCGUCCCCGGCUUGCAUCGGUCCACGGGGAGCCGUCUCCGUCGCUUGCCUGGGCAUGGGUUACCGUGCAGGGAGACCGCUGAAGCGAAGUCGCGGUGUGGGAGUGAAUGAAGCCCAUACUGCCCAAAUUAUAUAGUUGUUUCAUGAAGUUGAUCAUCACGUGUGCAGCUGUGGUCAUCACGUAUGCGUCACGUGUGCAGUUGCGAUAAUCACGUUUGCGUCAUGUGUGCAGCUUUGUUAUGCAUGUGCUUUUAGUGCUGUCCUGUAUGGUUACAUACAGUUCACUGUAAGGGUCUGCUAAUCCCUUUCUACACUAUUGUGAAAGCCAAACGUAUUUUUUUUUAGCACGUGCGUGGCUGCCUGCUUUGUUUGGCGUGUUCAGACUGCUAUAGGCUGUAUUGCCGCGUGCAAGCAUUGCGUUAUCCGAUGAUGACGGCUCGCCAAUGCUAUGCCGCGGUGGGACGGAGUAUAUAUCAGUCUAACGAAUUAGUGCCUGUUAGGUGACUAAAUAGUUACGUCAUGCACUACAUAUUGCCAUUACAGAAUAAGGCAGGUUUUAUCCUGCUCCCAGUGUGAUAAAUCCGAGCAGCUUGCUUGCUUUGAUGAGAUGGGAGCAUCAGCGCCGUCCAGAAUGACCUUUGAUUGUUUGGGGUGCCCCUUCAGUAGUUAAUUGCUGCCGCAACGAGACGCUUGUUUGAUUAUGUGGCUGUCGCUAGAAUGUUUCAAUAAAUUUAGAUCACUCGGACGCGUUUCCGUCCACUGUGUCCUGUUUGUUCGUUC